AUGAUUCUAGAAUUGUUGCUUGUAGUUCUCGGAACUUUCGGACACUUUUUGACACUUCGAAAUUUUCAAAGAAGAAUGGUUGGAUAUUCGAGAGUUAUUCUAAUUGUAUUGAGUUUUGCGAUGACUGUCAAUUUGAAUUUUGGAUUUUUCAAGAACUGGACCUCGAGUCAGAUUUUGGUUAUGAUUUUUAAUUAUGGUUUCAAGUUCACACAAAUGCUCACUUUCGUUCUUCAAUUGUUUUUUAGUUUUGAUCGAUUAUUAUUUAUCAGAUCUCCAAGGUUCUAUAAAACUAAAUUAUAUUUUUUGAUUUUCUUCGGAGUCUCAAUAAUCCUCAUUGGAAUAUCUCUAGGAUUCGUUUAUACCGUGAGUUGAAUAAACUUCGAAAAAUCAUUGAAUUCAAAAAAAUUCCAGACUCUUAUAAAUGGAUUACCUCAAAAAAUGAAUCCCUUAUGGUUAUCCUUCUAUAUUUCAAUCAUAGUUCUGAAUCUUCCCCUAGAUCUCAUGGCUAUGAAAAAUUCGAGAGACAAGUAUAAUCAAACCACUGGUUUUGAUUUGAAUGAACGAUUCAACUUAGCGAUUUGUUACGAGAUGACACGAUGUUUUGUUUUUGCGGCAAUUUUCAAUAUUCUCGUUCAGUUCAUAUUAAUUUGCAUAGGUUUUCUGGUUUAUUCCGAGAGAGUUGAUUUGAAUAUGAAUGAUUAUCGGAAGAUUAGCGAAAUCGCGUUUUCCUACGAAAUGUCGAUUUUUCCAUGGAUUAUUCUAGUGACGAAUCAAAAGUGGAGGAAGAAGGUUAGAACAAUGUUCAGCAGACGAUCGAAUAAAGUGCAUGUUGUGAAUUUAAAGGGACAGAGUCUUUUGACGAAUCCGACGCAGAAAGAUUAUUUUGAUCAAUUGGAAGUUGCUUGGAAUGUUUACACCCCCUGA